GGCGGGGGCGGAAAUGGAAGGGGAGAGCUGGGCACCGAAUGGAGUGCACGUUGGGGGCGAAGGGCGACCCGUGUUCUCCUGGGUGGCCGAGGCCGGGGCUCCCACUCGGAGCUUGAGCGGGGUCGCGGCGACCGCGCUCACCCGCCGGUGUUUGUCUGUAUGUGCCCACCCAGGGAGACAUGGAGAACUGUUUGGCGGCCGCGGCGCUGAACGGGGUGGACCGACGUUCCCUGCAGCGCUCGGCUAGGCUGGGUCGAGAAGUGCUGGAGCGGGCCAAGAGGAGAGCGGUGGACUGGCAGUCGCUGGAGUGUCCCAGAGGCAGCAUGGGGGUCUUUUCCCGGGAGAUGCUCUACCAGCAAAGGCGGCCGGCAGCCUUCCCCCAGCGCCGUCUCCCAAGAGAGAGAGAAGAGAGACACCCAGCCCUUAGUGCUUCCUUCAGAACAAUGGCUGAAUUCAUGGACUAUACUUCAAGUCAGUGUGGGAAAUAUUAUUCAUCUGUGCCCGAGGAAGGAGGGGCAACCCAUGUCUAUCGUUAUCACAGAGGGAAGUCGGAGCUGAACACAUGCUCAGACACAGAGACUGGUCAGGCUGAGAACAUCUCUAAGGACCUCUACAUAGAAGUAUAUCCGGGAACCUAUUCUGUCACUGUGGGCUCAAAUGACUUAACCAAGAAGACUCAUGUGGUAGCAGUCGAUUCUGGACAGAGUGUGGACUUGGUCUUCCCGGUUUGAUGUUGACCAUCACUGCCAUCACAUCACCUUUUUUUUAAGUAGCAAGAAGAAUAAAGCCACUUUAUGAUUCUCUUAAUAGUUACACAUUAUCCUGCUUUUAGUGCUGACUGUGUCAGCCAUCCUGGGAACUGGAGUCUCUUUCAGUGCCUAUUUUAACUUGACAGUGUAGAAGUCCCCAACCUCAUUUGCAUAAAAGAAAUGAUGAUGCUGUCUGAACAGUUUUUACUGCUUGCUUUCCAAGUAAAAGUUAAUAAUGAUAAUAAAGGGAGAAAUUUAGAAAUGAAGAGAA